AUGCGUGCUCCAGAGAUUGCAGGGUUUUACGUGGAGUGGUCCGACGAAUUCUACGGCACAGCUGGCACUCCUCCCAGCUCACAAUACUGGAGCCUACAAACUCCCUCGAUCAACUACAACAACGAGUUGCAGAGCUACACCAAUUCGACAAACAAUGCCUACCUCGACGGAAAUGGGCAACUCUGUAUUGUUCCUCAAAAGGUGAACGGACAAUGGACCUCUGCUCGUCUAUAUGGCAACCCCAGCUUUCAAUGUGACAAUAACCGCAAGAUGAUCUUCGCCGCCCAUAUCAAGCUUGGCCAGAACCCGCCGUGGCAGCAGCAAGGGAUUUGGCCUGCUUGGUGGGCACUGGGCCAGUCGAUACGUGAGGAUGGAGAAUGGCCGAAAUGUGGUGAGUGGGAUAUCUUGGAGCUCUGCAACGGCAGCUAUACGAACCAAUCUUCAAUCCACCAACUUGACGAAGCGGGAAAUCACACCGUAAGCCAUGGAACUAUCAACUUCGAUCGCCGAGAUUAUCACACCUUUGCCGUCCUCAUCGAUCUCAGCUCGGAUGACUAUAGCCAACAGUGCAUCAAGUUUCAGCUUGAUGGCCAGACCUACUUUACUGUUCAGGGGGAUGCGUCGAGUGAGGCAGCCAGCCAAUGUUGGGAUAGAUGCGCGCGAAGCGCGUUCUUCCCCAUCCUCAACAUAGCUGUGGGGGGGGAUCUUUCAGGAAAUCCCAACGAUGAUACGCUUCCUGGUGUGGGUAGCGGCAUGACGAUUCAGUGGUUGGCUGUGUACAAAUCAUGGUAUUGA